GUUUGAAUGUAAAAUAUGUGGAAGUCAGUUUGCAGAUCGUAGUAAUGCAAGAAGACAUGCUAAAGCCAAACAUUUGGACCUUCCUACUCCCUGUACUCUCUGUAGUAAACUAUUGAAGAAUGAACGAAGUCUGAAGAUGCACAUGAAGCAACAUCAUUCAGACUCUACCCAAUUCCAGCUGUAGAUUGAAGAAAAGGAACAAAAUUGCCAAAAAAUGUUAUCUCUGGUACAAGAAUUAAUGAAUUAUGAGAUAUGGUUGAACUGCAUAGACGGAUGUUGAGUCGUUGCACAAGAGAAGUGGUUGUACAAAGUCUGUAUGGUUCAGCUAUUUCUAUUUGGACGAAAAUUAUCACAUUUCGUUCAGCAUUAAAAAGUAAUUUUUCGUUCUAGCUUUGUUUGAAACUGAUCAUAUGAAUCACAGAGAUUUCAUUUUUAGUAUUAAACAAUAUAAGAUAAGAUUCUUGAAAAGCGGUUUUAACAAAGAUUGGUGUUGUGAAAUAAAACCUCAAAGCUUUGACCUAAAGUAGAUUUUUUUUUCAAAAACAAAUGAUAACCGUAUACAAAUCGUAAGACCUCACUUCAUUAUUGAUUUAGUAUAGCCACUUCAAUUUUGGGGUGUGGGUGUAGGACGACCCUAAAAGAAUGAUUUGAUUUUAUUUGAUAAUUGGUUGUGAAUAGUUUAUUGCACUCAGUGAAGUGUUUAAAUAACAUAUUUAACAUUUGACAUUUUUUUUCGUGAAAAGAGUAAUUUUUGAAGGUUGAUUUUAACUGUUAUUUUUCAUAGGCCUCUUUAUAUCCCUACGCGUCUAAUAACAAUAGGUUUUAAAUGAUGUAAAGUUUGUUUGAUAUAAAUUUUUAUUUCAGAAAUAUGGACUCGAGAUUAAAUAAAAGGAAAAAUGAUGAUGAAGACUGCGGAAAUAAUUCUGUGAAGAGGAGCAGAAAAGUAUUCAAGAACAUGAAGAAGAAUGAUUUAAACAUCGAGGAAAAUUAUCUCAGAAAGGAGGAGAAUUAUCUCAGUAGGGAGGAAAAUGACCCCAGCUGGAAGGAGACUGAUCUUAGUAGGGAGGGGAAUGAUCUCAUUAGGGAGGAGAAUGACCCCAGCAGGAAGGAGAAUGACCCCAGCAGGGAGGAGAAUGAUCUCAGCAGGGAGGAGAAUGAUCUCAGCAGGAAGGAGAAUGAUCUCAGCAGAAAGGAGAAUGACCCCAGCAGGAAGAAUGAUCUCAGUAGGAAUGAGAAUGACCCCAGCAGGGAGGAGAAUGAUCCCAGUAGGAAGGAGAAUGACCCCAGCAGGAAGGAGAAUGACCCCAGCAGGGAGGAGAAUGAUCUCAGCAGGGAGGAGAAAACUGACCUUACAAAAAGGAUCGCUGAAUUGGAGAAGCAGAAGAAUGAUGAGAAUGAUGAACUAAAAAUAAAGGAGAAGGAGAAUUACUUGAUGUUGAGUGACACUGACUCCAGUAGGGAAGGGAAACAGGGAAAUGAUAUGGAAUUAAUUAAAAAGAUAUCUAUUCUUACUCACAAGAAUUCUGAACUGCGAAAACAACUUGCUUUCGAAAGAGUGGAAGCAAUUCAAGAAAAAGCCGAUUUUACAAAAAGAAUUUCUGAACUUGAGAAACAGGUGAAUGAUGAGAAAUCAAUGAGUAAGACUUUAAAGAACAAAAAAGACAAAUAUCAGAAGGAGAAAGAUGAUAUUCUGGAUUUUCUGGAAAGAGAAGUUACUUGUCCUGUCUGUCUCAUGAUUCCAAGAACUAAGAAGAUACCUAUCUGUAGGAAUGGGCACACUACCUGUGAAACAUGUAAAAGACCAAGGUGUCCUGUCUGUAGAACCAGGAUGGAAGAAGACAUGUUCUCUCCUCUAACCCUGAACAUCACAGAUCUGUUGGCAGUACCCUGUAUAUUUAUGGAUCAGGGUUGCACCAUCAAACUUCAGAAGAAGAUGUUAGAGGAACACGAGAAAGAACAAUGUACGUUUAGAGAACUCAUGUGUCCAGGAUGUCAGAAGAAGAUCCAAGCAUGCAAACUUCCUGAUCACUUUCAAAGUUGUCUUGGACUGCAAUAUCUACGAUAUAAGUCACAUGUUGAGUUGGACAACACUAUAGCCUUUACCUAUAUUUUUUUUCUCCUAAUAUUGAAUCAGGAGUUUAUAAGCCCUGUAUAUUCAAGCUUGUAAACUCUAAGAACUGGUUUUUAUAUCACGUUGAUUUCUUAAAUAAUAAACUGGUGUUCUAUA